AUUUGUGAAGCGUAGCAGCAGCAAGACAAAUUCUCUCGUUCGUAUUUUAGGAACGCCGUACCCGCGUCCACCUUCCGUCAACAGGCCGGCGGAGCUAGAGAAGAAACCCUAUCCUUCCGCCGAAUAGCUACUCUCCGGCGAGGUUUUCCGCCUGUUAGCCAGACGCAGAAGAGAAUGCCGGGUACUGCUCUAGAGAUGGAGCCAGUUGAGCCGCAGUCGCUGAAGAAGCUCAGUCUGAAAUCCCUAAAACGGUCGCUCGAUCUCUUCUCCCCGACUCACGGCCACGUCGCCCCUCCUGAUCCCGAGAGUAAACGAAUUCGCACGAGCCACAAGGUUAGUUGAACAUCUGGUUCAUUACUUCGUCGAUUAGGUUGCUAUGGAGUAUAAAGGGAUCAAAAGUACUAAUGAUAUCCCAAAACAAGGCAAUCCCAGAGGUCAGGAGCCUGCAGCUCCUUCCAAUGCUCUUGCCCUCCCUGGGCCAGAGGGUUCUAGAGAUCAAGGAAAGGGGGUGUCGGAGAAUGCUCUUGUUGUUGGCCCAACUCUGCAGUCUAGGGGGAAGAAUGAGGGUGGCCUUCCAGGCAAGAGCACAACUGUGAUUCCUGCAUCUAGUUCAUCAAGUUAUAGGAACUUUUCUACUUCAGCAAUAAUAGAGAGAAUCCCAAGCAGAUGGCCACGUCCUGAAUGGCAUGCUCCUUGGAAGAAUUACAGGGUUAUUAGCGGUCACUUAGGGUGGGUGAGAUCCAUUGCAUUUGAUCCCAGCAAUACCUGGUUUUGUACUGGCUCGGCUGACCGUACAAUAAAGAUUUGGGAUGUGGCCAGUGGUAAGUUAAAGUACACAUUGACUGGACAUAUCGAACAGAUACGAGGUCUUGCUGUGAGCACAAGACAUACCUACAUGUUUUCUGCUGGCGAUGAUAAGCAGGUUAAAUGCUGGGACCUGGAACAGAAUAAGGUUAUUCGGUCUUACCAUGGUCAUCUUAGUGGUGUCUACUGCCUCGCCCUUCAUCCUACCAUUGACCUAUUGCUCACUGGGGGGCGUGAUUCUGUAUGCAGGGUAUGGGAUAUUCGCACGAAGAUGCAAGCCUAUGCCCUAGCUGGACAUGAUAAUACAGUGUGUUCUGUUUUCACUCGUCCAACGGACCCUCAAGUAGUUACUGGUUCCCAUGACUCAACCAUUAAGUUCUGGGAUCUCAGAUAUGGUAAAACCAUGACAACUCUGACACACCACAAAAAGUCAGUGCGAGCCUUGGCACGACAUCCCACUGAGCAUAGCUUUGCAUCUGCAUCGGCUGAGAACAUUAAGAAGUUCAAUCUUCCAAGGGGCGAGUUUUUGCACAACAUGCUCUCCCAGCAGAAGACCAUAAUCAAUGCAAUGGCGAUUAAUGAGGACGGAGUAAUGGUUACAGGAGGAGAUAAUGGGAGCUUGUGGUUCUGGGAUUGGAAGAGCGGUCAUAAUUUCCAGCAAGCUCAGACGAUAGUACAGCCCGGGUCACUGGACAGCGAAGCUGCCAUUUAUGCUGCCUCCUUCGACCUAACUGGUUCCAGGCUCAUCACGUGUGAAGCUGACAAGACGAUCAAGAUGUGGAAGCAAGACGAGAACGCCACCCCUGAAACUCACCCGGUCAACUUCAAGCCGCCUAAAGACAUUCGCCGGUUCUAGUCCGAUCACAUUCCCGUUCCAUCAUCGCCCCUCUGUUGUUUCUAAUCGGUUGUAUAAACCAAACGUUGUUGCUAGUGUUGUGUAUUUGAAUUGUUAGCAGUGGGAAACGAAAAGCUUGCUGUAACGAACACGCCGAAACUCUCGGUUUUAAAGCCAACUUCUGUGAUGACUGCACGAGUAUUGAAGUUCCUUUGCAACGUUGUAUGGGGCUCGUAACGUAAGGUUAAAUACUUGGAAUAUAAAAACAGUGGAGUUUACUUUGUUGAAUCAUGAAAUGAGGGCAGAUUCAUGUGUAGAGGAAAUCCAUGCCUGUUUCCCCUUUCUAACGUUCUACUCCACCUUUUGCUGAAUUGGGUCUGUUUUCCUGCCUAAGGAUAGAAACUG